AUGGUUGGCUUUGGCCUGUCUAUCAACCAAUCAACUGUUAGCUUUGGCCCGUCUAUCAACCAAUCAACUGUUAGCUUUGGCCCGUCUAUCAACCAAUCAACUGUUAGCUUUGGCCCGUCUAUCAACCAAUCAACUUUUAGCUUUGGCCCGUCUAUCAACCAAUCAACUGUUAGCUUUGGCCCGUCUAUCAACCAAUCAAUGGUUGGCUUUGGCCCGUCUAUCAACCAAUCAAAUGUGUCCGUCUGGAAAUAUGACUCACCCAGCGUGUGGCUACUGCAGUACCUGACAGACUGCGUCUUCAUCCAGUUCGUCUGUCUGUUGGGAAUUCUGGGUAACGUCUUGACCUUGAUGGUGCUGCUCAAGGACGGCCGUACCAGCAGCACCAACAUGCUGCUGACGUCCAUGACCUUGGUGCACCUGCUGACCGUGCUGACCACGCCCAUCCGGCGCGCCAACUGCGUCAUCUCGCUCUUCGACCCUGACCUUGCCGCCAUGUUUUACCUGUACCAGUUCUGUUACCUGUCAGCCAUCAACAGGCUCACCGCCAUCUUGUCGACGUCACACGUGGCCUUGAUCUCCGUCGAGAGGUUCAUGGCCGUCUACUACCCGUUCCACGUCACCUUCACCUUCUCCCAGCGGAAAACCUUGACCUACAUCCUACUGACCUAUAUGUUUUGGCUGGGGUUGUCUCUGCCGUAUUUCUUUAGCUAUCAGCUGACCUGGACUCAUGACGUCACCAAUCGCUCGGUGCCAGCACUCAGAACAAAGCCACGCUCAACUUCAUCCGCAACAUCAUCAUUAGCAUCGUCCGCGGGCCGAUCCUGA